CAGCGCAAGAUGGCGGCCUCGGCGGUGCUGUCCCUGCGCCUGGGGAGCGGGCUCCGGCUUGGCGCGCGGGGGUUGUGCGCGAGGCUGAUGACACCGUCCCCUCGGGUUUCAGACCAGACUAAGGAGAGUGGAAGCCGUCCCAGCACUAAGGCCCAGGCCCAGGGAUCACAACAGCAGCGGGGCACGGAGGGUCCCAGCUACGCCAAAAAAGUCGCACUCUGGCUUGCUGGGCUGCUUGGGGCCGGUGGGACCGUGAGUGUCAUCUAUAUCUUCGGAAACAACUCUGUGGAUGAAACUGGUGCCAAGAUUCCUGAUGAAUUCGACAAUGAUCCAAUUCUGGUACAGCAGUUGCGCCGGACAUACAAAUAUUUCAAAGAUUAUAGACAGAUGAUCAUCGAGCCCACCAGCCCCUGCCUCCUCCCAGACCCCCUGCGGGAGCCGUACUACCAGCCGCCCUACACGCUGGUCUUGGAGCUCACCGGCGUCCUCCUGCACCCUGAGUGGUCGCUGGCCACUGGCUGGAGGUUUAAGAAGCGUCCAGGCAUCGAGACCUUAUUCCAGCAGCUCGCCCCUUUGUAUGAAAUCGUCAUCUUUACGUCAGAGACUGGCAUGACUGCGUUUCCACUCAUCGACAGCGUGGACCCCCACGGCUUCAUCUCCUACCGCCUCUUCCGGGACGCAACACGAUACAUGGAUGGCCACCAUGUUAAGGACAUUUCGUGUCUGAAUCGGGACCCAGCCCGUGUAGUAGUUGUGGACUGCAAGAAGGAAGCCUUCCGCCUACAGCCAUACAAUGGUGUUGCACUUCGGCCCUGGGAUGGCGACUCCGAUGACCGGGUCUUGUUGGACCUGUCUGCCUUCCUUAAGACUAUCGCGUUGAAUGGUGUGGAGGAUGUCCGGACCGUGCUGGAGCACUACGCCCUGGAGGAUGACCCGCUGGAGGCUUUCAAACAGCGGCAAAGCCGGCUAGAGCAAGAGGAGCAGCAGCGCCUGGCCGAGCUCUCCAAGCCCAGCAAGCAGAAUCUGUUCUUCGCCUCUCUCACCAGCCGCUUGUGGCCUCGCUCUAAACAGCCCUGACCUCUGGGCCUCCUCAAACUCAGUGCCUGAGUCCCGGACCCCAGGCUUGCAGUGCUCCCAGACCACGGCUUGGGCAGCCACAUGUCCAAUAAAGUCCAUCCAGACGCCAUACUCCUGUGUCCGGAGAGUCUCCAGAUGGGGGCAUCGGGGUGAGGUCUGAGUGAUCAGCUGCCAAGCCCAGAAAGGGUGCUUUGGUGGAUCAGGGCUGGUUUUUAACCCAGGCCUGGGAAUCUGAAAACCUGGGUCCCUGCUUUGGCUGAGUCUUCCCACGUGCUGUGUGAUCUGCAAAAAGUGCAUCUCCCUCUCUGGCCGCAGAUUCCUCAUCUGUGGAAAGGAGAAGAGAGGACUGUCCUGGGGGUUUAAAGACAGGUAGCUGCCAGGCUGCUGUGUGGAUAUGUGAAGCGUGGGCUCAGUGGACUCGGGUGGACAGAGAUCGGCUGGAUCUCCAGAGCAGCCGCUGCUCAGCUCUGCCAGCCGUGGCCCCGUGGACAGGUGGGUAUAGUGGCUUGAUCUUCUGAUUUUCAGUGGAAGCCAGAAAUUGGGGUUUGUAUAUUAAGUCUCCUCAACAUUUAAAUGUUGGCUUCUAAUUAAAACAGGCAGGCUGUGCAGCAGCACUCACGGGACUUUCUGGGCGUUCG